AUGGCGGCGCCCGUGGAUCUGGAACUGAAGAAGGUACCUGAUGGCGGGCGGGGGCGAAGCCGGGCAAGGCCGCUUCGUUGGUGGCCAGCCCUUGUUGGGCUAGGCGGCUGUCGGGAUUUUCCUCAUCGCUCCCGCCCUUCUCAGAGCUCCGGGCGGGAGGGUCUCUGAGGGAUGCUCCUCGCGGACUACAACUCCCGUCAUCCUCGGCCUCUGACUGUGCUGGCUGGGGAGGGUGGGAGUUGCAGUCAGGGCCGCCCCCCCCCCCACGAGGAGUCUCUGUCCCCGUCUUCAUUCCCUCCCGAGGGGAGAGAGGCUGAGGCGGAGUAUUGGGAGAGCCCUUCCCGCCCCGGGCGCCCUUUCCUCUCAGCUGGGUGGAGGCGGGAAGACACUCUUCAGACCCGCCUUCAUCCCGAGGGAGGGUGUCGACGAACCAUGCAACCAUCGUGGCUUAUAUAGUUUUCUCCCCCUCCCCUGGAUACUUUUAUUGGGGUUUUCUCAUAGAUCCAAAACAAUACAAAUAAACGUAUCCACCCUGUGACUUGUAUCCCUGCUCCCUUCUCGGGACAAAAAGUGUCUGGUACCUUUUCUUAUUCUUUUCAUGUUAUUGUUAAUAGUUUGAUCUGUUUCCCAUGAAUUUGGCUAAGCUCCUUUUCAAAUCAUGUAAGCCAAUUGCGACGCCAUGCCUCUUCCGUCAAUAUUGUAAAAAGGUUCAAAAAUAAAGACUAUAUAUAGAAAAGUUAAUUUGGCUGCCCUGUAUCUCAGCUUCAUUACAUGCCCCACAUUAGGAGAGAAAAGGUAAGCUUUCUCUCUCUUUUUUACUUUUCUGCCAACCUGUGCAUAAAUUUAUUCCUGACUCUGAAAAUGUCAGGGUUAAAGGUAAGGCCUGUUCUGUCACGCACCAGAAGUAAAGUAAAGGGGCCCCAUCUUAAUUUCCAUGCCUUAUGGCAGUGGCACAAGCAGUGGCCGCCUGUGAAGCCUCACAGUGGUGGCAGAAGCAGUGGCAGCCUGCCAGGCCAUGUCGUGGCAGCAGAAGCAGCAGUACCUGGCAGCAGUGGCACAAUAAGCAGUGGCCUUGCCACGGUGGUGGGAGGCAGUGCCAGAAGUGCCAGCAACCUCUGAGGCCUUGUUGUGGCAGCAGAAGUAGCAGUGGCCUGCAAGGCCUUGCAGUGGCAAAAGCAGAGGUAGCCUGGUGGCGGUAGCAGCAAAAACUGCAGCAACCUUGCAGGCCUCGUCAUGGUGGUGACAGAAGUGGCAGCAGCCUGCCAGGCUUUGCCACGGCCUGCAAGAGCUCGCUGCAACUGUGGGAGGUGGUAGCAGUAGCAGCAUGCAGGUCCUCACGGCUGCAGCAGCACAAGCAGUAGUGGCCUGCGAGGCUUCACUGUGGCAACAGGAGGUAGCUGUAGAAGUGGCAGCAGCCUGGCAACAGUGGCACAAUAAUCAGCGGGUUGUGAGACCUCGCCACAGCAGUGGGAGGUGGUUGCAGAAGUGGUGGCAGCCUGCGAGGUGUUGUUGCAGAGGCAGCCUGCAUGGCUUCGUGAUGGCAGUGGCAGAAGAGGGGACAGCCUGCCCCGGCAAGCCCUCGCAGGCCGCUGCCACUUCUCAGUACUGCUGAGAAGCCUCGCAGGCUGCUGCUAUUUAUGCUGCUGCAAUGAGGCCUCGCAGACUGCCGCCGAUACUACUGGAUUGCUGUAGCGAUGCUGAUUUUGUCACUACCGCCACCUGCCUUUGCUACUCCCGAUGCUCUGAGGUUUUACAGAAUGCUGUUGCUAUUGCUGCUGCUUCUCUCCAUUGCGGUGAGGCUUCUCGGGCCACUGCUGCUGCCACCACACGACCUCACAGGGUGCCGCUGCUCCUGUGAAUACAAAAAGGCCUCACAGACUGCUGUUGCUCUUGCUAUCACCGAGGUGAGGCCUCACAUGCCAUCACUGCUUGUGCCUCUGCUGCCAGGGUGCCGCCGCAAUAACAUAGCCUUGCAGGCCACUGCUUCUGUCACCUCCUCCUGCCAGCAUCACAAAAUGGCCUUGUAGGCUGCUGUGGCUUCUGCCACCACCUCCCACCACUGCAGCAACCACUGUUUCGGCCACCGCCAGGCCACCGCCAUUUCUGCUGCCCAGCAAGCCUGCUGUCAGCCCCCAAUUAUUUGACUUCACUAUGACUCAUCACAUUUGCUAGCUAAGCCCAGAGGCAAAAGUCCUGUUUGGAUGCAUUUUGGCUUGCCUGCUGAUGAAAGUGACUGUGUGGCAAUUGAUAAUAUUGUCAUUUAUCAGUUUUAGACCCUUAAGUAGUAGCAGUUGCCUGUUUGCCUCUGCAUAGUUCCAUCCUUAUUGUUGUGAUAUUUUGAUAUAUUGUGAUGUAUUUUGGAUGCAUAUUGGCUCCUGCUGAUGAAAGUGGCUGUGUGGUAAUUAAUAAUAUCGUCAAUUACCUGGUUUAGACCCCUAAAUAGUAGCAAUUGCCAGUACGUUACCCUGUUCACUCUGCAUAAUUCCAUCCUUAUUUCAGACAUUGUGAUGUUUAGCUCGUGAUAUAUUGCAGUGUUUUGCUGGUGAUAUAUUGCAAUGUUGAAAACCAGAUAUCGCCCAGCCUUCUCACACAUUGUAAUUUGUGAAAUAGUGCCCGGUCAUACAUUAUGAAACAGUUAUGUGAACUUCAAAGCGGUUUUGGACGAUAUAUUGAUAGCAUUGCCAUUGUGCUGUCUAUUACUAUUACAACUGAUAUAUUAAAUAUGCAUUUAGUGGGAGGGGGGUGUUAGGUCCUCAGUUCACUGAGAACUUUCACUCUUAGGUCAUAUAGUUAACAAUUAACAGCUCUGUAGUAGUUUACCCUCCACAGCAAUAAAUGGUGGUAAGCUUCCUCCCUACCUACUGUUGCUGUGUAGGACAAACUUUCUCUGCUUGUUGAAUGAAGGGAGGCGGCUUGGUGAAUGCUUGGCUAGCUAAGCAAAUGUCAAUGAAUGAGUCAGGCCAGCUGUUUUACUGGAGAGGAACGGAAAUGCUACAGAGGGAUGAUGUAGCAGAGGCCAUAUACCCUAGCUGCUUAGUUCUUGGAGAAUUAUUUUUACUUUCAGUGUAAUCAUAUUACUGUUGAUUAAUUUGAUACUGUUACCCGAUACAUUUUUGACUGUUGAUCCAUAGGUUGUAAGUCAUGAGUGGGCAGCCUUUUUUGAAGUUGGACACAUUCCCUCAAGGGAAAAUGGUUCAGAGCUGGACACCUGAAUUGGAAGGAGCUGGGAGUGGGCAGGACCAAAGCCAAAAGUGGUUGCCUGUUCUCUGUUCCCCAGCUUCUCCCAUUCAUCGACCAAUCAAUUUAUCCACCCUUUCUUUCUCAGACACACAAGCAUGUGCUUCAUCCAUCCAUCAUCCAUCCAUUCUGUCUUACAUUUGCUUUAUCUCACUGUGCUGUCACCCAUCUUUAUAUAUGCCCGGUUUUUAAAACUUCAGUGCAUUGCCCCAAUUGCUCAUUCUGUCACUUAUUCUUCAUUUCUUUUCUCAGGCCCCACCCUGAUACGUGCUUUCCUUUUUUUUUUUUUGAAUGAUAUUUAUUAAAGUUUCAAUAAAAGAUUAAACAUAAAACAUAAAAAAGAAAUACACAAUUCAAAAUAUACAAUACAUAAUCUAAAAGAAAAAGGAAAAAUAAAGAAACAAGAAAACACAAGAUAAAAAAGAAAGUAGAACAAUUAAAAACAAUAUCAUCUUUUCGUCUCCAUUUUUAAAUUUACUUAUUUUCUGGACCUCCUCGUACCUCCCUCUUUUGUAUUCCAGUUCAAAUUGUUUAGCCAGCAAUUUCUUUCCCUCUUUUCUUAAUCCCAAUCUUAACUCUUGAUAUAAUAUAACAUUAAAAUUUUACCUUUUAAAACCAGAUUUCCAUUUCCUUAAACUUUUUUAAUCCUAAUCCUUAAUCUUAAUCUAUCCAUAAUUUUAAAUCCUAAACAGCUGGAAGCCACUUAUUUUUAAUCCAACAUCACUCUAACAUUCUUUAAUUUUGCAAUGUUUCUGCAAAUAGUCUUUGAAUUUCUUCCAAUCUUCCUCCACCGACUCUUCUCCUUGGUCACAGAUUCUACCAGUCAUUUCCGCCAGUUCCAUAUAGUCCAUCAGUUUCAUCUGCCAUUCCUCCAGUGUGGGAAGCUCUUGUGUCUUCCAAUACUUUGCAAUGAGUAUUCUUGCUGCUGUUGUUGCAUACAUAAAGAAAGUUCUAUCCUUUUUUAUCACCAUUUGGCCGACUAUGCCCAGGAGAAAGGCCUCUGGUUUCUUGGGGAAGGUAUAUUUAAAUACCUUUUUUAAUUCAUUAUAUAUCAUUUCCCAGAAAGCCUUAAUCUUUGGGCAUGUCCACCAAAGGUGAAAAAAUGUACCUUUGGUUUCUUUACAUUUCCAACAUUUGUUAUCGGGCAAAUGAUAGAUUUUUGCAAGCUUGACUGGGGUUAUGUACCACCUGUAUAUCAUUUUCAUAAUAUUCUCUCUUAGGGCAUUACAUGCCGUAAAUUUCAUACCUGUGGUCCAUAACUGCUCCCAGUCUGCAAACAUAAUGUUGUGUCCAACGUCUUGUGCCCAUUUAAUCAUAGCCGAUUUUACCGUUUCAUCCUGAGUGUUCCAUUUCAGCAGCAAGUUACACAUUCUUGACAAAUUCUUAGUUCUGGGUUCUAACAGUUCAGUUUCUAAUUUUGAUUUUUCCACCUGGAAGCCAAUUUUCUUGUCCAAUUUGAAUGCCCCCAUUAUCUGAAAAUAAUGAAGCCAGUCUCGCACUUUGUUUUUUAGUUUUUCAAAACUCUGCAAUUUCAGUCUAUCUCCAUCUUGUUCCAAAAUUUCCCAAUAUUUCGGCCAUUUGACCUCCAUAUUGAGCUUUUUCAAGGCUUUCGCUUUCAUUGGUGACAGCCAUCUUGGAGUUUUGUUUUCUAAUAAAUCCUUAUAUCUUAUCCAAACAUUAAACAACGCUUUCCUAACAAUGUGGUUUUUAAAUGCUUUAUGUGCUUUGACCUUAUCAUACCACAGAUAUGCAUGCCAUCCAAAUACAUUGUUAAAACCUUCUAAGUCCAAAAUGUCAGUGUUUUCAAGAAGCAGCCAAUCUUUCAACCAGCAAAAAGCUGCUGAUUCAUAAUAAAGUUUGAGGUCUGGCAGGGCAAAUCCACCUCUUUCCUUUGCGUCUGUUAGUAUUUUAAAUUUUAUUCUGGGCUUCUUGCCCUGCCAGACAAAUCUGGAAAUAUCUUUCUGCCACCUCUUGAAACAAUCCAUUUUGUCCACAAUUUGCAAAGUUUGAAACAAAAACAACAUUCUAGGCAAUACAUUCAUUUUUGUCGCAGCAAUACGGCCCAGCAGUGAAAGCUUCAAAUUUGACCAAAUUUCUAAAUCUUUUUUCACUUCCGCCCAACAUUUUUCGUAGUUAUCUUUAAAUAAGUUCCCAUUUUUUGCUGUCAUGUUAAUCCCCAGGUAUUUAACUUUCUUAACCACUGUUAAGCCUGUCUCAUUCUGAAACCUCUCUCUCUCAAUCGGUGUUAGAUUUUUCUCUAAAACCUUAGUUUUUAACUUGUUCAAUUUAAAUCCUGCAACUUGACCAAAUUCUUGAAUCAAUUCUAAAACUCUUUUAGUGCUAGAUUCUGGCUCCUGUAACGUCAAUACUAAAUCAUCUGCAAAUGCUCUCAAUUUGUACUGUUUAGCUCCGACCAGUAUACCUUUAACCAACUGGCUGAUACAUGCUUUCCAAGACUUUUUCUGUGUGAUUCAACAGCAUGUACUUGCCACUGAUUUUGUCCUGUGAUGCCAGACCAUAGCAUGCCAGAUAGAGUGUCAAGUAGACACUAUGUGGUUGGUCCUCUGAGCAUAGCUGCCAGAAGAGAUGCUUUGAAGCAGCUCUGGUAUCUGCUGUCACAAGGCAGACUAUAGAGCACACCAGAUUGAUGAUAAAUGCUGUUAAGCCAUAGAGGAAAGUUAUUCAAAAAUGCAGACAGAGGGAGGUGUGGAAAGGUGUUGAUGGCUGGGGAAGAUCACAUAAGUAUUUUUGUUGGCAGGAAAAAAACAGUGGUGGCAGCAGGUGAAAUUGGAAGGGCUGUAGGGAUGGGGAACCCUUUUCUGUUGAGAACUGCAUUCCCUGUAGCGGUAUUCAAUAGGACAGUAGAGGGGACCAGAACAACUCCCUGUUGCACAUGCAUGCUCCCACUCCUGAGCUCCUAGUCAUCUUCAAGAGAUGGGAACAAGUGGGGCAACCCAGCAAGAUGGGUGGGGUAUUAUUAUUACUGUUAUUUUUAAAUUGCGAUUAUUAUUAUUAUUGCUUAUGGUUCCUCUCCUCUGCUGGAAGCUUUUGCUUCCUUUUCUUGACAGUCCUUGCAGCCAGGGACAAAUUCUUUAUCCAUUCAAUAGUUGGCUGAAUCUGGUCAGGUGAUAUAAGAGGUGAACUGGGGAGAUAGUAGACACAGCUUCUUAGUAAAAGGUUCAUAGAAUCAUUGAUCUUAAAGUUGGAAAAGACCCCAAGGGUCAUCUAGUCCAACCCCCUGAAAUGCAGAUAUCCCAACUAAAGCAUCCAUGACAGAAGACCAUCCAACCGCUGCUUAAAACCUCCAAUGAAGGAGAGUCCACCACCUCCCAAAGGAGUCUGUUGCACUGUCUAACAGCUGUUACUUUCAGAAAGUUUUCCCUUAUUCUUAGUCAGAAUCUCCGUUCUUGUAACUUGAAGCCAUUAGUUCAGGUCCUACCCUCCAGAGCAGGAGAAAACAAGCUUGCUCCAUCUUCCAUGUGACAGCCCUUGAGAUAUUUGAUGAUGGCUAACAUAUCUCCUCUCAGUCUCUUAUUCAGGCUGAACAUACCCAACUCCCUCAACCUGUCCUCAUAAGGCUUGGUUUACAGACUCUUGAUCAUCUUGGUAAUAACAACAACAACAACAACAACAAUAAUUUAUUUAUACCUCGCCUAUCAGGCUAGGUUUCCCCAGGCACUCUGGGCUGCUCCCAACAGAAUAUUAAAAGCACAAUAAAACAUCAAACAUUAAAAACUUCCCUAAACAGGGCUGCCUUCAGAUGUCUUCUAAAAGUUGGAUAGUUGUUUAUUUCCUUGACAUCUGAUGGGAGAGCAUUCCACAGAGUGGUUGCAACUACUGAAAAGGGCCUCUUCCUGGUUCCCUGUAACCUCACCUCUUGCAAUGAGGGAACUGCCAGAAGGCCCUUGGCGCUGGAUCUCAGUGUCCAGGCAGAAUGAUGGGGGUGGAGAUGCUCCUUCUAGGCCAAGGCUGUUUAGGGCUUUAAAUGGCUGCACCAACACUUUGAAUUGUGCUCGGAAACGUACUGGGAGCCAAUGUAAGUCUUUCAGUACCAGUGUUAUAUGGUCUUGGAGGCCAUUCCCAGUCACCAGUCUAUCUGCCACAUUCUCCUUGGUCUCCAAUCUGUUAGGGUUAUCUUGAUUCCUGAUUCUGUCUUCUGCAGCAUUAGCUACCCCUCCCAGUUUGGUGUCACCUGCAGAUUUGUUAAACAUCCCCUCAAUUCCUUUUUUCAAGUCGUUUAUAAAGAUGGUGAACAACAACUGGCCUGACACAGAACUCUGCGGCACCCCAGUUGUCACUCCCCCCCCCCCUGAUUUUGAGGAAUCAAUAGUGAGCACUUUUUGAGUUUGGUCAAACAGCUGCAAAUCCACUUAACAGUUACCUCAUCCAGCCCACAUGUUACUAGCUUUUCUGCAAUAAUGGGGGACUUUGUCAAAAGCCUUACUGAAGGUGAGAUACACUACAUCCAUAGCAUUCCCCUAAUCUACCAAGCUUCUAACUCUGUCAAAAAAGAAAUGAGAUUUCAUAGAAUCAUAGAAUCAUAGAGUUGGAAGAGACCACAAGGGCCAACCUAGCAUGAUCUGUUUUUGAGAAAUCCAUGCUGGGUUUACUGCAUGUAUACUUUACAACUACACUGAAACUCUGUGUGAAGUCAGUCAUUGAUAGUUUUACUAACUCUAGCUGCAUUUAUGCUGUUGCUUUCCAUAUCAGGCUUUUACAGAACUUCAAGCCAAGGUCAUUGAUACCCAGCAAAAAGUGAAACUGGCAGAUCUGCAAAUAGAGCAACUGAACAGGACGAAAAAGCACGCACAUCUUACUGAUACAGAGAUUAUGACUUUGGCUGAUGAAACCCGAAUGUAUGAAGGUGUAGGAAGAAUGUAAGUAAAUGUCUCACUGGUUCCCUUUCAGAAGGACUUGGCUACUAGUAACUCCCUGAAAACCUUUUGUGUACUUUUAAUACUACUCCAACCUCUUCUGAAAAUCUGUUUUGCCAUAUUUUCACAGCUGAACCAGGUUGGGGAAUGCCACUGUUUACCUAACCCUGACUAGACUAAAUCCAAACUGAAUGAAAACAUUUUAGGCCUCAGGUAAACUUAAAUCAGAACUGAGUGGAAACAUUUACUGGUGUGACUCUCUGGUUAUAUCUGCCAAAAUAUACUCGCCAGGGUAAACAUGAUAUCGUUUCAGCCAUAGGCUUCUGAUGCGCAAGGACUCUCACUAACAUGUAGUGUUCUGUGGCUGAAAUAUGAGAUAUGAGUAGAGAGAACUUUGAUUUGUCUUCAUAGGUUCUGAAGAUUCUGAAUUAAUUCUUCACAGCAUUAAAAAUAUGCUAAACAUUUGUAUAUUGGAAGUGCUUAUGCCACACUUUGAAAUACAGUCUUGAAAAUUGAAUGUUAGGAAACUUCAGAUGUGUUGAUGAGGGAAAUCUUAAAUAAUCUCUAUUUCUAAACUUUAUAAAUGUGUUGUUUAUGUAAUGAUGUCAUAAAAUCUUCAUUGAAAACAGACUAAUAGCCAUGUUAUGUGUAGUUGCAAAUUGGAACCUUAGUGUCCGAUUUUCCUGCCAUAAUGAUAAGACUGGCUUUAUGUGCAGUGCUAUUCCUGGAGAGAGCCUGUAGUUCAUUAAACCCAGCAGAGUGGGAACUGGUGGUAGUGGGAAUGGUGAGGAUGUGGGGAGGGAGGUGCAAGAGCAAGCUGUCUGAUAGAUAAGAAUGGGUUCUAGCCAACUAACUCCUACUCAGAGUAGACUCAUUGAAAUCAAUAAACAUGGCAAACUUUAAUCAAUUUAUUUCAGUGGGUCUACUAAUUGGAGUUAGUUGGAUAUAGUCUAGUGGAAAUUAGGGGUGAGAAUUGUAACUUAAUUGGUGAUAGAAACAAUUUUGCUAGGCUCUUAAAUGGAUGAUUAUAAAAUUACUUGGAAUUUUGCUUCUCUCAUUUGGGGUGAAAAGUGGGUUGUUUUUGUUUCUAAAAAUUGCUUCUGUUAUCCCUUUGGAGUCCCUUUUUGAUAUAUUUGAUGGUAAGUAUGCUCAGAUUUAGAGAGUUGAGAAUCUUAUUGCAAAUCAAUAAACAGCAAUAUUGGAAAAGGAGAGAAUUCCUGAUGUGACGUCUGGUGAAAAUGAAGUUGAUAGAGUUUCAGAAUGUGGGGAAAUUGUUUUAAGUCUUAUAGAGGGUUUCGGAUUCUUCUACCCCAAGUUGCUACCUUUCAGUGUACUAGAAAUGUGCCAAGUUUAAUUUUCCUGGGUGGUGUUCCUGAAUUUUGGGGUGAUCAUUGCUCUCUUUCCCACUUACCCUGUGGCAACAUUUUGGUGUUCGUGGAGCACCAGUACAGCAACCCAAUGACUAAUCUUGCAGCAGUGCAGAUAAUGAGGCUGAGCUUAAGCAGCACCUGUGUAAACCUUGUUCCAUGACUGGAAUUCUAGCUGCAGGUCUUACAGUCUGCCCUGUGCACAACAGAUUACAGUGGUACCUCGGGUUAAGUACUUAAUUCAUUCCGGAGGUCCAUUCUUAACCUGAAACUGUUCUUAACCUGACGCACCACUUUAGCUAAUGGGGCCUCCUGCUGCCGCCGCGCCGCCAGAGCACGAUUUCUGUUCUCAUCCUGAAGCAAAGUUCUUAACUCGAGGUACUAUUUCUGGGUUAGUGAAGUCUGUAACCUGACGUGUAUGUAACCUGAAGCGUUUGUAACCCAAGGUACCGCUGUAUAGGACUGAUUCCCCAUAACUGAACAGUUCCAGAGAAAAAGUUUUUUAUUUCAGUUUAACGUCUCAAGAUAAGAAAUUCCAUGAGCUUUGCAAUGUGUGGAAUAUAAGUAUUCUGACAAGUUCUUUUAAUUAUCUGUGUGCUCAGAUGGUGUAAAGGGAAACAUCUGCAAAGAUUCAGACAGGACCACUGUGCAUUUUGAACUUUCAUCAUACUUCUCAAAGUAAAAUGUUGACGUCAGUUCACAAAUAGCUUAAGCAGCAAAACUAGACAUUGGUGUGGAUGAGUGUAUCAGGCUACAUAACAAGUCUUUCAAAAGAAUAUGAACUCACAGAAUUAAAAUGUACUGGCAAGAUGCCAGAAGCCUGCACUAUCUUCUGAGCAAUGGAUACUAGUUGCUUAUAGUAUGCACCAAUUCAUCAUUCCCCACCAUGCACUGCUAGCUUUCUUUGUAAAAAUAGUAUUGUUCUUGUCAAUACUUUUUAGGACUGGAUGCCUAAAAUCUUGUAUUUUGGAUGCAUUAUUUUAUAUAGAUAUUGGCUUGAAUUUUUAAAAAUUCACAGAAGGGAAGUUUCCUGUCUUUGCCUGUUUCUCUGCAGCCACAUUUAACCCUCAAAAAUUCUCUCUGUAGGGUUAGUGGAUCCUUCUGAACAAUGUGGGAUUGGACACUUCUGAGGGAGUGAGGAAUUGACAGCAAAUAGUUGGAGGUCCACCCAAUUUAGGCUGAUCUUUCCCUCUGCCUGCAUUCCACCCCACAUUGUCCAGGAACCACCUGUGACUUUCCAAAGAGAUCUUUAUGGUGGGUUGUAGUUGCAGUAGAGGCAGGAGUAAGAAAUUUUAUUACUGUGAACUUUCUCAAGUUUACUUAAUUUAGGAUUCAAGCCAUUGUAUAUAUGUAUCAGCCUUCCCCAAUCUUGUGCUCUCCAGAUGUUUUGUGUUGCAGCUCAGUGGGCAGUGGGCAGGGAUGUAGCCUAAAACAUCUGAAGAGCACCAGUUUGGGAAAGACUGGUGCAUAUGUAUGCAUAUUGUGAAGAAGAUGGUUUUAGAUGAAUCACCACCAUGCAUAUUGUGAUGGACAGCUGAGUCAGGCCAGAGUCUAAUUCUAAUUAAUUAUUAGACUCUCUAAGUCUAAUUAAAGAGUCUAAUUCUCGUAGCCUCAGAAUUCCACCAGAGUGCUGGGGCCUCUCCCUGAUUGGCUACCAAGACAGCUAGCGGGAGGGGUGACGGCACUUUGAGGGGGAAUUAAAAGGAGUGGUUUCUGAGAGAGGAUUCAAAGAUUCUUUAAGAGAGUGCAGGAGGGAGUUGGGAGUUGGUUCUGGUCUGUGUGUUUAACAUCCACUUGGAGGGAAAUAUCUACAGCUAGAGAAAGGAGUCUCUGAGCUUAGGUUGGAAAACAGUGUUUAGUGCAGGGGUCAGCAACCUUUUUCAGCCGUGGGCCGGUCCACCGUCCCUCAGACCACGUGGUGGGCCAGACUAUAUUUUGGGGAAAAAAAUGAACAAAUUCCUAUGCCCCACAAAUAACCCAGAGAUGCAUUUUAAAUAAAAGGGCACAUUCUACUCAUGUAAAAACACCAGGCAGGCCCCACAAAUAACCCAGAGAUGCAUUUUAAAUAAAAGGACACAUUCUACUCAUGUAAAAACACGCUGAUAUCCGGGCCUUCCGCGGGCCGGAUUGAGAAGGCGAUUGGGCCGCAUCCGGCCCCUGGGCCUUAGGUUGCCUACCCCUGGUUUAGUGUCUUGGGAGAGUAUUCAGACAGGAGUUAACUGGAGGGCUGAGUUUGAGCCAGGAGAAGUAGAAGCUGUGAGGAGGAUACAGACUACUUGGGUCAUACAGGAGGAGAGAGAUCUUCUAGACAGAGAAGAAUCCCAAGCUAGUUAAGAGGGGUGUGGUGAUCCCCUGCGUGUGUUAUACUGCUAGAAGUAUUUCAACUGUGAUUGAUAAAAGGUUGGAAGACUGACAGAAAGUACCACCUUGUUUAAGAACCAAAGUAUUAAGCUGUAACACCCAUGCAACAACUAAGUUAAGAAACUGAAGUGAAAUAACUUGAAAUAAGCUAAGCAUUUACCAACUAGUCUAGAAACCUGUAACACCAACCUGAAGAGUAAUAACUGAAAAUAAGCAACUGAAGUUUAAAAGAAGCUGUGUGUUUACUACCCUUUGUGAAGCUUGUAACAUCCAUUUUUGUAUAAUUAUUAAUAAGUUAACUGUUUUCUGAAAGAACUUUUAUCUCCUGACAAAUCAUUGGUUUUACCAAUGGUUCUGUAUAAUAAACCUUUCUUAUUUGUUCAACUCAUGCAAAAACACUAGAUAUCCUGUGUUGGUUAUAGAGUAUAUGGGGUCUAUGGAGGGGGGUUUGCAUCAUUCUCGUGGCAGAGGUGGGAUCAGCUGCACAUAUACAGUAAUGCAGGUCAGAUUGGCUAUCAAGAUAUAGCUAUCAAGGGGAACAGACUUGUUGGUAUGUAAGAAGUGACUUAGGUGAGAUUGACUUCAGGUGUAGCUUGCCAUCUAUAUUUUCCAUUGUUGUCUUACAGACUUCUUCUUUGGCAAUCACUCGUAGCUGAUUAAGAUUGUCUUCCAUGAACACAGUCUUAACAGUGUGUCUGUAAGUGACUGUGGAGGCCAAUUCUGGAUCCACACGUCCUUCCACAGUGGGGGAAAAGUUUUCUGGGCAGGAGUUGAUCAUGGUGAGGGUUUGCCAAACGUGCCUUCCUAUUAGCAUGUUUCUCCCUUUCGUUCUGAGUUUGACAUCUUCAAAGUCCAUGACACCUUUGGUAAAGGCUGUUCUCCAUGUUUCACAAGCAUACAGUAAGGUUGGUAGUACAAUAGCUUUGUAAACAAGCAUUUUGGUUUCCCUGCGAAUGUCCUGGUCCUCAAACACUCUACACUUCAACUGAGAGAAAGCUGCACUCCCAGGGUUCAGGCGAUGCUGGAUUUCAACAUCAAUGUCAGCUAUUGUGGAAAGAUAACUGCUCAGAUAGGAGAAGUGACUGACACUUUUCCAAUGUUACACCAUUGAGUUGGAUUUGUGGUGCUGCAGAGGGGUUGUUUUGGGCUUGUUAUAGAAUCAUAGUGACAGAAGGAACCUUGGAGGUCAUUAUUCCAAUGCCUGCUCAAUGCAGGAUUCUUUUUCUAAAGCGAUGAAGGAUGCACCCGCAGCAUUCCUGACAGAUGGCUUUUCAGUCUCUACUUCAAUAUAGCCAAGGAAGGAAAGCCCACCACUUCCUGACACAGUCUGGUUCAUUGUUGAUUAUCUCUUAGUGUGAGGAUGUUUCUCCUAGUGUUAAAUUGAAACCAUCUUUCUUGCAACUUCCACCUACUGGUUCCAGUCCUGUUACUGAAACAGUGAAGAACAUGCCUGCUCCAUCUUCUGUGAGACAGCCCUUCAGAUAUUUUAAGACCAUCAUGUUCUUCUCUGGGCUAAACAUACCCAGCUCUUUCAACCACAUUGGAUUGUAUUAGCUAUUCAAGCAGCCACUUAGUUCUGCUGACUCAUUCAACUUAUGGUCAGUUAAAACACUUAGAUCCUUUUCAUACGCACAGUGAGGCCACAACUCAAAUGUAAUCUACUUAUGCAAUCAUGACCUUAGGCACAUGACUGCUAAAUAAAUAAAUAAAUGGGGAAAACCCAUUUAAGCACUUAGUGGGCCCUGGGAAGGUUGUUUCAGGUCUCUGGAAGCAUGCCAGGGUCCUUGUGUUACCUUCCCAGAGCCCAGUAAGCAAGGCUGAGGGCAAAGUCUGCCCCAGACAGGUAAGGAUGGUUGUUCAGGGCAGGGGGUGGUUCCAGAGGUUCGUGGCGUUACAUGAUUUUGCCUUUGUGCAUGGACCCCUGGAACUGAACCAUUGUGUAAGUGGUUGGCCCACUGUAUUGCUUCCAAGCCAGGUCUCUCACAUCUCACACUUGUGCCUCUGAUUCAGAAUCAAACAGAAGCACAAAGGUCACUUCUGUUAUCAACUGACAGGCCUUAUGAUUACCAGUGGAGGCCCUGUUAGUGGGCUGCCUUGCGUUGGAUGAAAGAUACUGUUUUUGGCAACCUUGAAAUCAACUAACUGCGAGGAUAUAUGCUGGUGAUUUAAGUUCUGCCUGCACAGAGACAUUGGACUGUAUUUGCCACCUCAGGGGUAAUUGCAAAGCUUACAAGUUCAGCAUCCAGAACAGCACCUUGGAGAGCUCCUAGUGAUGUUGCCCUGUUGGGGUUUCUUCCCUCAUCACAACAUGGACAAUUGUUGCCACCACAAGAGCCUGGAACCACCCAAAGUUUCCAAUCUUGUUUAAGGAGGAGUGCUUUUUAGUGUUAUUCCCGGUUAAUAUUAGUAUCCAUCUAAUAUUCAACCCUUGUUAAAAAUGAGAUUAUUUUUAAAUAAUAUGCAAUCAGUUGUGAAAUGCAACAACCCUUCAUCUCCCCCAAAUAUUUGCAGUUAAGAAAAAUCGCCUAUAGUUUAGCGAUGAAGUAUGGCUGUUGCUGAGAAUAACAGUUGGAAAGUUUGUUGUUGAAUGUUCAUACACAAAAACUAUUGAGCAAGUUAUACAGAAUGCUCAUUGAGAAAAAUAUUUCAGCAAACACCUGUAAAUAAAAUGGAAAAAAGAUUUGAGACAUGAGGUAUCACUAGACAUAAGGAAAUGGUUAUGGCAAUUUGUUUAACAAGCUAUUAGUAUAAAUUUGAAAGGAAACUUUUAUUAAAAAAAUUAAAUGUAUAAUUGCAUCAAAAGGGGAGCAAAUAAUAUAAUAUGGAGUUUUAAGACAAUAUUGGUCCUCUCCUAAAAGAACCUUUGGGGCAGCUAUAUUAAAAGAAAGUGAAACUGUAACUGGAGGUGAAAUACUGGCAUACCGAUUAGUUACAUUAUUUGGUUAUGGUAAAGAUUUAGUUGUAUUGGAUGAUAGAGAAAUGGUAUCUUUUAACAGCUAUCUGCAUAAUGGUUUGUCAUCAUAAACGGAGUAUGCCAUUAGAUCAGGCAUAGGCAAACUCGGCCCUUCAGAUGUUUUGGGACUACAACUCCCAUCAUCCCUACCUAACAGGACCAGUGGGCAGGGAUGAUGGGAAUUGUAGUCCCAAAACAUCUGGAGGGCUGAGUUUGCCUAUGCCUGCAUUAGAUUAUUGAACGUUAAGGGUUUGGGAGAUAGUUAGGGUGAAGGAAGAUAGACACCCCAAUGGGAAAGGGCUGUAGCUUAAUGGCAGAGCAUCUGCCUUGUAUGCAAAAGGUCCCAGGUCCAAUUGCCACCAUCUCCAGGUAACAAUCAUGGAGAUCUGCUGCCCAUCAGUAUAGACCAUACUGAACUAGAGGGACAUCAUGUGAGACCUAUUCCUCUUCAGUCAUAUUUUUAUUGAAAGGUUUGGUGUUUUUAUCAUGCGCUGGUGUUACCAAGAUACAAGAAAAUGUUGAACUAUACAUAUUAUUAGAAACAAAUGUAAAUGUAAGAGUAUUAUGGGUUGAUUUCAUACUAAAUACUUUUAAAUGCUAAAUAAAUCAACACAUUUAAUGAAUUAACACAUUACAUAAAUAAAUGUAAAAAUGGGAGGCAGGCAAUGUGGGAUUCACAUGAGAAAAGAAAGGGGCUAGAGGCAAAGUGCUGCAAGGGAAGGGGCUGUAUGGUCCUACAGGCCUUUGUUGCUCACGUAGCCACAGUUAGAAGAUGUGUGCCAGCACAAGCCCUGGCAUAGGCAACAAGCCUACGAAGGCUAAACUAUGCUUUUGUUUGGUGUUUCUUGCAUGAAAGGAUGCUGGAAACGAAGGUAGAAAGGAAGUGGAAGUCUUGAUGCAUUAAUUCUGUUUUGAUGCUGGGAUGCAUCUUGUUAAAAUGCAGCUUUAGCCUUGAAUUUUCAAAUAUUUUUUUUACAUGUUCUGUAAAGUGUAAAUUGAACCCCUUUAUAAAUGGAUAUUCAUAAGGUUUGCCUUCCCCCUAAUUCUGCCCUGGUAGUGUUUCAGAGCCAAACCCUUUCUUCCUUUGUCAAUGCCAUAUUAUUUCAAACACUUUUAUAGAGGUGCUCCACAAUAUUUUUUAAGACAUUGAACAAUGGUAUAAAUCUACCCUCUAGUUAAGUGUCUAGCAAUGCAAGAAGUCCCAUUUGGAAGCUGUAUGGUUAUUUCUGUUUACUUAAGUAAUAUAAUAUGUUGGAGCUCUAGACCAGUCCUGCCCUCUGGCAAGUUAAUGGAAAUAUUAGAUGUAAGGCAAAUUACGUUCCAUACCUUCAGAACAGGUACCUCCUGGAAAAAACCUGCCUGCCCCUAUACCUUUUACAAUAAGUUUAACAGGUGAUUCCCCCCCCCCAUCACUGUGUCUUCAUGCUGGGGAAAGCUUCAACUGGCAAAUUUCUGCAUGCCCCACUGCUGUAAAGGUAAAGGAGCAAGAUCAGUGGGAAAAGGUGGCAACAGUAGGGGCAGGUAUGCACCUGUCUGCUCAACUUUUCAGUGUCUGUGUAUCAGUAGUAAACUGAGCAAUAGUUCUCCUUUCUGGCAGGUCAUAUCACAUUUCUAGGGCGUUGUACAACAAGGUUCCUAGGACAAUCUUGUCCUAAUCAGUUUAUUACAUAACUAAUUGAUGCAUGACUGCUGAUGUGCAGGUAAUUUUGGACCCGGAAGAAGGUGGAUUGGGGAUGGGUGGGCUUAUGCAUGUUCCACUGACACACAUGGGGGCAAAGAAUGCAGCCCCAGCACAAAUAGGGGUGGUGGUGUCUCUAGUUUCAACUGUGUGAAUGCGGUGGAUGUCAGCCCACUGUUCUUGGCAGCUCUUGGUAAAAUGGUGUUAAAAUAAAAGCAUUAAAAUAUGGAAAGCAGACAUCACAAUAAGACAACCCGCAAUAAAAGUAAAGUGUCAUAAACCACCAAAAUAUGCAACAGACCAGUACUAGAGAGCCAAAAAUGAUUCAAUUGAAUAUUGGGGGGUUGUGGACUUUCUGUCAUUGAUCUUUUGGUUGAGAUUCCUGCAUUGCAGAAGGUUUGGCUAGAUGACCCUUGGGUCCCUUCUAACGAUACAAUCCUGUGAUUUUAUGAUUCUAUGCUAUCCCCAAGGUCCAUCCCCAAGGAAAGAAGAAGAGAGGCAAAUCUUGGGAGGUUACUAUCGCUAGCAUCAAGCCUGAAGGGUGUAGACUGUUGGGUACCCAUGGUGAGGCUUGCAUAAUCCCUCUAAUUAUGAGGAAAAUCUUGGAGGGAAAAAUAGGGAGCGGUUGUUUUUCAUGGUGUUACAAAUGGCAAGGGAGGACUGGAUGAUCAUCAGGGAUUAUGGAAAACAUAGUUCAGCAACAUCCGGCAGUCCUGCUGUAGAGAAUAUCCAGAAGCCUUUUCCAGUAGAGGUUCAUAAGACAAGCUGACUUUAUGCUCUGAAUGGAAGACAAGCCUGUCAAUGUAGAAUUCAGUGUACUUUUCAUUAAGAUUUUAUUUGGUUAUUUACAGCACCAACUCAUGAAUGCUGAAUAUACUGCCAUAUUCUUUUCUCUUUCUUUCACACUUUGUAGGUUUAUCCUUCAGUCCAAAGGAGUAAUUCAUAGCCAACUCUUAGACAAACAAAAAAUAGCAGAAGAGAAAAUUAAGGAAUUAGAGGUAAGUUUGGGGUUGGUAAAAUGGCAGCUAUUUAUUGCAUUUUUUAUUUUCUGUUUUAUACUGCCUUUUGUCCCAACGCAGACUUAACUUACACCUGCUUGCUUUAUGCCAAUAAGGAUUGCUCCCUUAUUGUCUCAACGGAAGUGAUGCUAGAGGUUAACUGCACAGUGCUGUUUCUUCAUCGCUUGUGAACUGAUAAUGUGAACCAUGUUAAUGUGUGUAAUAAGUUAUUGCUCACAAUUGUAUUUGAGGAACAAGAGGCUUGUGGUUUUCAUUUAUUAACCCCCUAAUUGGUCACAUGGAGAUCACCAGCAUCUCACUCUCAGUGGGCAAAUUUGUAGUGCCUGCAUAUCCUCAAGCUGCAGCAGUCUAGGAGCAGGUACUGAAACGGGCAGAGAUCUCAUCCACUGCAGAAAAGAAUAUGAAAAGGCAGACAUGACAAACACCCUUUUGAUAACUUGUUGUAGGAUUGUUUCAGCUUCGGAGCUUUCAGUCAUACCCAAAUCAGUGAGUUGUUCACCUUAACAUUUCCUUGGCAAAAAUAUUGGCAUGGCAAAUAUAUUCUUGGUGUUCAGUAUUUAAAAAAAGGACUUGUAGUGAGAGAGAGCUUCUGGCAAUUUCCUAGUCUUUGAACAUCUAUUUUUAGCUAUUUUAAUGGAAAGGAGGGAAUAGAUACGUUCAGGAACAACUGUGUUAAUGAUAUGAAGCAAGCUAACAUUUUAAUAACAUUUGGGGCUGAAUGUCAGGUCUCAUCAAAUGAAGACAAAGUCUGCUUGACUCGGCAGCUAAGGACAGCCUUGGCGGCCAGUGCAGGUCAGAUGCCCUAGAGGAAAAAUGGCAGACAUAUUAGAGCUAUAUUUGUUCCUCUUUCAAAAAUGCAUUUGGAAAUAACAGCUGUCAUUUCUCCAUGAUGAUGGCCACGGCCUCAUUGCUAGAACAGUUGGCAUUGGGGUUCAGGGUCAGCAUUCUGAACAAAGUUUCCUCUUUUUUGGGCUGGUUUUAUAGUUAGUUUUGUAUAAUGAGCCUUCAAUACAUUGUGGCUUCUGCUAAGCUUCUGUUUGUGGUAGGAAAUGGUACUUGACUUUUUGAACUUCCAGAGAGCUUGCUGAGCUAAACGAAAUUGUUGGACUUCUUCAGUUGCAGCCUUGAUAACCUUGAGGCAGCAGAGCUGGCUUAUUCAUCUGUGCUUUGAACCAUAUGAUAGCCUAUGAAGUAUCUGUGCUGCGACAAGGUUAAAUUUUGCCAGAAGCAGAGUGGAUUUUAGGAGUGAAUAGUUCAGGGAGGUGGCAGCUAGAUUUCGUUCGUACCACUGUUGCUAGUUACCUUCAUUGCAUGCUCUCCAACUCUACCAUUAUUACAGUUGUCCUGGUUGAUGAAGGUCUGGGUUGAUGAAGCCUCAUACUAGAGGCACAGUCUUCUGUCUUGAUCCUCCUUGGCUGUGUGACAGAACCUCCCACAUCAUUCAUGGGCUGAUGAAUUUGCAACCGUUUCAGAACCAGAUGUGAAAAGUGUGUCUGCCAUGUUUUCACAGCUAAAGUACUGUGGUGAAGAGACCUAAUGUGAUAAAAUGAGGGGAAAGUAGUGCCUUUAAGAUUUUAAGAAGCUGCAUGUUUUGAAAAUUGCAUAAUUGAGAAGGGGUUUUGUUUCAUCCAGUCUUUUUUGAUGGUGAGAAGAUGACCUCACUCACCUAACACAAGUGUUGAGAGCAGCCUUCCCCAACCUGGUGCCCUCUGGAUAUUUUGGACUAUAACUCUCUUCAGCCCAGCAAGGUUGGGGAAGGCUGGUUAAGGGGUGGUACUUCACAAUUUGCUUUGGAGAGUAAAUUUUAUAUUACUCGAGUGUCCAAAAACCAUGUUUUUCUCUUUUUCUGAAUAGUGCUCCUCAUUGGUUAAUAUAUGGGCUAUAUUUUUGAGCUAGACCACCAAGCAUGUCUUGGAAGAAAUAUAUUGUGCUAUAUUGUGGCAUGCCCUAACAGCUUUUGUAUUGCACACAUUCACUUUUUUGCCCCCUAUAACAGCCACCUCUUUUGCUGUUGUAGGGAAACCUGAGCAACUGGGAAGUUCUCCUGCUCACAUUUUUGAGAUUUUUCAAAGACUUCCUGCUGCUGCAGUUUGGAGCUGCAUCUCCAAUUGGCAUGGCUGCCUUCUAGUAGCAGCACAGAGGUUUGGGGAGGUGUCUGCAUGCAGACUCCAAGACAGUGUUAUCCGACUAUAUAUUUCAUACACAUCUGGAAGCAUGUUGUUGUGAUAUUUAUCCUCCUAUUAAAACUUUUUGCAAAGAAACAUAGAGGCAUUGGUCUUGUAGUUGUUCAUGUAGAAGACAAAGAUUAUGGCUUAGCACGAACAAACAAGUGUGCUGAUGCACAGUAAGAAAACAGUGGCUGCUUUCUCUCUCCCAGCUGAGACUGUGCCACCAGGAAUAAAGCGAUGGUCUGGUUCAGGGUUAUGUCUGAACUCAGACUUGUGGUUUGUCUCACAUCAAACAAACAGUGAGCUGCAACCAAGGCUUAUUCUUGACUUACGACUUGUGAUUUGCUUGGGGGAGACAAACCAUGAGCUUGAGUUGGGCUGUAAUGCUAAACCAAACAAAGGCUUAGCUUCCAUAGCAUGGUGGCAGCAGAAGUGUGGAAGACACAAAGCUGCCACAAUUUGCUAAUUGCACCAGCAUGCUUGCAUGUUCACACUAAGUCAUAGUUGGCUUGGCACUACAGAAUUAAUACAUCUUGUCCAAUAUUGUCCACUUCAACUGGCAGCAGCUGUCUGAGAUCUUGGGUCAGACAUCUUUCAAGGUCCCACUGUCUGAGGUAUUUUGCCACUGAGACGAAGCCUGGAACCUUCACCAUAUACAAAUAUGGCUGACCUAUGGCCCUUUCCUCAGAACUGCUUGCAGUUGUGGGAAGCAUUUUUCCUGCUGAUGAAGUGGGCCUAGAAUCAUAGAAUCAUAGAAUCAUAGAGUUGGAAGAGACCACAAGGGCCAUCGAGUCCAACCCCCUGCCAAGCAGGAAACACCAUCAGAGCACUCCUGACAUAUGGUUGUCAAGCCUCUGCUUAAAGACCUCCAAAGAAGGAGACUCCACCACACUCCUUGGCAGCAAAUUCCACUGUCGAACAGCUCUUACUGUCAGGAAGUUCUUCCUAAUGUUUAGGUGGAAUCUUCUUUCUUGUAGUUUGGAUCCAUUGCCUCUCCCACAGCCUUGACAAUAUUGAAUAUUCUUGAUACCAUAUUGGCCCGAAUAUAAGCCACACCUUUAAAAUUCAAGGGGAGAAAAGAAAAAAAGACAAUGCCCGAAUAUAAGCCACUCCCUUCACAUUCCGCAGGCACUCACACCUGUUCUGUUUUACCGUAUGUCUGUUUCAGCAGCGAUAUUGUAAAAGCCAGUUUUUGUAAGGUUGUAAAUUUAAGCUGCACUUUAACUUUUCAUGGUUGGAAUUUGGAAAACAGGGUGUGGUUUAUAUUUGGGCCAAUACAGUAAGUGUUCAUGAGGGGAGGUGGGGAGAGAUCUAUUUUGGAAGCAUCCUAAAAUGAUAACAGCCCACUUUUUUUGCUUAAAAAUGCUAGGAGAAACUAUUUCAGGAAAGAAUAAUUUGAUUUCAUUGUGGUACAUGAUAGUGCUUAGUGUUUCAGUGUGGCAUUUGAGAAAAAGCAAGUUUUCUGAUGCUGUAAAGACAUGGAAAACACCCAUUUCUCCUUAGUGGAGGAAGUGAUUAUGGCUGUGUGUUUUCACUGUUAGUACUUGAUAAUCCUUCUCUCCCCCUUACUAUUCUCAGCCUGCUUAGUUGUUGGGCGUUGUCAGACGAAGUGGCUAAAAAUAACAAAUAAGGGGGAGGCUGCUAUAAGGUGGAUUUCUCUACUACUGCGACUUGCUGUAUUUAUAUUUACCAUAUGAUGGGGGAGGCUGGGCAGUGGGAGAGAGAAGGCCUGUUUGGCAUUCUUGAUAAAUGGGAUAUACUGUCCCAGCCUAUGGGGGCCAUCUCUUGGUAGGUUUUAGAGAGCUUGUGAUCUAAAGUGGGUUCUUCCUUAACAAAUAAGUACAGAGUUUCAUCUCAUUAUUCAGUUGUUAAAUUUAGAUAUACUGCUUAAACUUAAUCAUUCAUUUUAGAAAGGCAUCUAGUUUUGGCAAAAGGCUUCAAGUAGCAGGGAACUCUCCACAAUUCUGCUUGAUAUCUUCAUAUUUUUUUUACCUUCUCCCUGUUACCGUGAUGACUAAUAUUUUACUGCUUGGCAAGUAGAAGAUCCUGUCGUCUCUUCAACAGCCCCCUCACCCAUUCAAAAUGUUUUAAGGAAACUGUUUGAUCAGUGAGGGCUAUUCUAAUCAGUCCACCAGACCUGCUGAAGUUGCAGAUUAACAGAAGCUGUGCAGGACAUGGGUGAGCCUGUGAUACCAUGCUGUCCCAGUAUUCUGACAGAUAAUUUUCUCCAUAGUGGUGGGAAGCAAUGAAUGCACGGCUGCUGGAGCAGGGACAGAUUGCUUGGCUCCAGCUGCAAAGGGGAGUAGUGUGGGAGAGUUUUAGCAGAAUGCCCAGGUGUGCUGCUUACCUGGCUUCCCAGGGCUGGGGUCAUGGCAGGUUGCUGACAGGAGGGAAGGUGAGGCGAUGGAGAGGUUGGUGCCAACACCUCCCUGCUGCCUCACCUCUUCCUCUUGGAAACUGCCCGUGACCGCAGUGGUGGGAAGCCGCCCUGCCCCACCAGCCGCUACUGGAGGAGAGGUUGCAAGGCGAAUGGGCAUGUGCCAUGGGGCAGAGCUUGCCAAGGGCCACGGGAUUUAGAUAUACCUUCAAAAUGAUAAUAGCUCUAUGGGCUGAGAGUGGGUUAUAAGGAAACUCUCUGCUCUGAAUACAAAUACAUUGCCCAAUCAGGUUUCUCUCACCUGCAUAUGGUUUUUAAAGCCACCUUUUGUAUGUACAGAGGCUACAGUAUCAUUCUAAAAUACUUUCUGAACCUGUUUUUAUUUUGGUCUGUCACUGUUUUCUACUGUAGUUUUCUUGAGUAUAUGAAUACGUUAAAUUGAAAAUAAUGUAUACACAUUUUAGUGUGUUACUUUCAAAAUCGGUGAUUUAAAAGAUUGUUCUCAAUCACCUUUGUCUCAACAUACUGUUUUCGGAAAAUAAAUUUUAUCUUUGUGAGAUUUCCAUCCUUUUGUAAGUUUCCAGUGGAGAAGGCUUUUAAAACAAGCCAACUCCCAUACAGCCAAGUAAAACUGACUCUUCCCAAAGUCCCGCCAUAGCAAAACACCCCUCUCCCCCUGUUUCUUUCCACCAGUAUUUUAAUCUGGGUUGUCUAAUGUUGACACAGCUGCACAAUCAUGAUAACAUUCCUAAUGAGUGAUGGGAGUUUUCUGAUUUCUUGAUUUUCUGCCUUCUGCUUUUCCAACUUCGUUCUGUUCUGAGCACUUUAGAAGGGAUGUCCCUCAGGUCAGUGUCAGCGGCAAAGUGCCUCUUCUUUAUAUAUGCUGUUUAGGCCAAGGCCACAUCAAGGAUUUUUGCUCUUUAAAUAAAUCAGUAUUUUGGCACUUUUGCACCCUCCUUCCCCUGCCCCACCAAAUCUGCAUUGCUGCUUCUUGGUUUUCAAAAUUCAAACAUUUUGAACAGAAUGUUUCUGGGUUGUCCUAAGUGCCUUCCACUGAAAAUGCAUGUUUGAAAUGCAGAACUACUCCUAAGUAUCUGUGUCCUUGUUGAUGAUUAGGCUGUCUUGAGCAUAGGUCUUGGAAUUUGUGCUGAAAUCACUUUGCACCUAAACCUGGUCUCCAUGUAUUGGAUCAGGAUUGCCAGUAAAUAGAGGAUUUAUUAUCCACUUUUUACCCACCUUGUAUAGUGGGUUUUAGAGAUGGUGUCUUAUGCGUUGUGCUGCCUGACUUCAGAGCAGUGAGAUAGUAACUCAUCUGAUAUCUCCACUUGGGACAGUUACAUCUGUGAUUUUUCUACAGAGCCUCACUUGCUAGUCAUAUAUCUCACCCUCAAGGUCUUUUAACAUUGCUCUAGGCCAUACUUUGACAGUCAUUGCACGAGUAAUCUCUACUCACAGAAUUAAUUUCAUUUGCAUUUAUCUCAAGUAUGAUGACCCACCCUACACAUUCCUUGCUGUUCCUUCCUCACUUUGGUUUGCUAUGCAAAACCAGAAUAAUAGAUUUUUUUGCCUCUUCUGGGAGGAGCAGGACAUGUUUAAACAGACUAGUGUGUAGCAUUGCUUAGAACAGAGCUGACAAAGCUUUGACUCAUCCUAGCUAGACACACCUUAGUGUUCAGGUAUGUGGCUGUGAUGUCACAACUUCCUGCCUGGCCCACACCUCUCAUUUUUACACACCUUUCACUUCGCUUGCAGCUAAAUGUUAAUAGAUGGGACGAGCCCUUCCUUGUCUAUUGUACAUAACUGUCGGGCACAUAAAAGUGUUUGCCAGGAAGGCUGGGCUCUUUAUUGACCCAUAGUUGAUAUCUUGCUUUCAGAUAUGUGAAAAAUGUAAGAUUUCCUUUACAGUCAGAAAUGGUUUCUAAUAGCAAACAGCUUUGAGUUUACACCUGCCAGUCUGUAAAAGUUGAGAAGACACUCACUAGUGUCACCAAGAGACAAAAAACCAAGAUAAAGCUAUGCAUGUGAACAAGUGGGACUUAAUUAUCCAGAUAAUAAAGAUGUGAAAGGGGGAAAAUGGCUUAGUUGCUUCAUUUUAAUGCUUCAUUUCCUUUUCCCUUUAAUAAGUAAUUUGGAAUUAGUUCAUUUGUUUUGGUUUUCCCAUCCAUUUUGAUGAGACAUUCAUCCAUUCUUCUGCUGCCUGCAUCCUUUGUGUUUUCCAUCAAAUGGCAUCUUUUCUGGUGUUCUGCUGCCAACCAUCCAUGCACCAGUCCUACCAUAUUUCAGACAGAUGGGCAAAGCAUGCCCAUUUUAUAGACAAGUUGAUUUUUUUAUACACUACAUUACAUUGUUUACAUUAAUUUCACUGGGAGACCCAGCUGUAUUCCAGCUUGUCACUUGUCUGCCUGAAAUUCUCAAAGGCAUUUUUCCAGAACUUGUGAUAGGCAGAGAUGCAAUAAUUUUCUUCAUUUGCCACAUUGGGAAUGGCCAGCAGUAUUCAACAAGGAUCAUAAACAAAAUUUCACAAGCUGUCUAGACAGCUUGAACCCUCAUGAAUUGUAUCUGAUUUUUUUUUAAGCUGCUGCUGCUGUUUUAUUUAUGCCCCACCCAUCUGGCUGGGUUUCCCCAGCUACUCUUGAUGGCUUCCAACACAUAUAAAAACAUCAAACAUUUAAAACUUCCUGAUACAGGGCUGCCUUCAGGUGUCUUCUGAAAGUUGCAUAGUUACUUGUUGCAUUGUUAUUUAUCUCCUUGACAUCUGAUUGGGAGGGUGUUCCCUAGGCCAAGGCCUGCCACUGCCAAGAAGGUCCUCUGCCUGGUUCCCUGUAGCUUUGCUUCUUGCAGUGUGGGAACUGCCAGAAGGCCCUUGGAGCUGGACCUCAGUUUCUGGGCUGAGCAAUGGGGGUGGAGAUGCUCCUUCAGGUAUACUGGGCUGAGGCUGUUUAGGGCUUUAAAGGUCAACACCAACACUUUGAAUUGUGCUCGGAAACGUACUGGGAGCCAAUGUAGGUCUUUCAGGACAGGUGUUAUAUGGUCUCAGCCAUGGAUAGGCAAACUGAGGCCCAGGGGCCGGAUCCGGCCCAAUCACCUUCUAAAUCCAGCCCGCGGAUGGUCCGGGAAUCAGUGUGUUUUUACAUGAGUAGAAUGUGUGUUUUUAUAUUAAAAUGCAUCUCUGGGUUAUUUGUGGGGCAAAGGAAUUCAUUCUUCUUUUCUCAAAAUAUAGUCCGGCCCCACACAAGGUUUGAGGGACAAUGGACCGGCCCCCUGCUGAAAACAUUUGCUGACCCCUGGUGUCGGCAGUCAUUCCCAGACAACAGUCUAGCUGCCGCAUUCUGGAUUACUUGUAGUUUCUGAGUCACCUUCAAAGAUAGCCCCACAUGGAACUCAUUGCAGUAGUCUGAGGGCGGGGGGCGGGGGGGGGGGCGGAUAACCAGUAGUAGUGACACGUGUAGUAGUAGUAGUAGUAGUAGUAGUAAUAAUAAUAAUAAUAAUAAUAAUAAUAAUAAUUUAUUUAUACCCUACCCAUCUGGCUGGGUUUCCCCAGCCACUCUGGGUGGCUACCAACAGAAUUAAUGAUGAUGAUAAUGAUAAUAAUAAAAAUUAAAAAGCAAUAAAACCCCAGACAUUAAAAACUUCCCUAAACAGGGCUGCCUUCAGAUGUCUUCUAAAAGUCAGAUAGUUGUUUAUUUCCUUGACAUCUGGUGGGAGGGCAUUCCACAGGGCGGGCGCCACUACCGAAAAGGCCCUCUGCCUGGUUCCCUGUAACCCACUUCUCACAGGGAGGGAACCACCAGAAGACCCUCGGAGCUGGACCUCAGUGCACUGCUGAUCUUUAUCUGGCACCCAACUGGGGUUGACAAUCUGAUUUCUUUCUGUUUAUAUUCCACUGUCCAUGACAAGAGGGUGUUCAAAGCUGUGCUAGACUUCUGGGUCAGGUUACAUGUUGUACUCAGUUGCCAGACACGCACGGCAGCCGCCUGUGUUGCAAGUAGGGAAAUACAGUCCACCUUGUAAGGAUUCUGGCACCUCAGCAGUCUUUGGCAAUUCACUGCACUGCAAAAGAUACGUAAGCGUGCUGUGUGGAUUUCUAUGUCCACCUUUAACCGGGUUUUACUAGUUGCCUGUGAUUUUCAGUCAUUGAGGUUGGGCCUUCCGGUGUACUGUAUGUACCUGUUAACAGCAGGUGGACUCGUCUUGUCCUCUUUGCUCCUGGUGGUGGUGUACAAUUUGUUUUCCAUUUUUAUUUGGUUUGUGAUCUGUUGCAUCCAGUGUUUUUAUUUGAAUGGAUUUUCAAUGCUCCAGUUAAAUUACUAGACAAAUAAGUAACUUGAUAGUAUCUGUCUAUCUUAAGUUGCUUAUUUAUAUGCCUUGUAACACAGACAACUUGGCCAGAGUCUGGAAUAUGAGGAAAUCUAGGUGGAUUCAUCUCUGAUUCAUUUUGAACUGAUGCUGCUCAAAUUUUGGAGACCUUGCCCUGUCCUGGAUGCAGCUUUUCUUUAGAGAGGUACAUGAAACAAGCUGGGCAUGUUGGAUUGAGUAACUUUGGAAGGAGAGGAAUGGGCAUGUGGACUAUUGCUAUAGAUGGGUGACAGAAGAUAGGUGUGAUUCUUUGGCCUUAAAUAGAGGAGUUCUGUGAAUGGUAUAUAUAUUAAAUCUGGAUGUGUAACAGCAUAUUUUGUUUGCUCUUAGAUGAGUUUACAGGGUCACUUACUUCCUUUGAGUUCAGUUAGAUUAGUUUAAGAGACAAAGCCUUCAAGACUUUUCACUUGGAGUGUGAUUAUAUUAUUGCUUGCUUGCUUGUUCUCUGCAUUGAAAAUCUUUUGAUAUAAAAGCAGAUUGUAAAUUUUCUAAAUACAUAAGAUAAACUUCACGGAUCAUAGGAUAGUUAAAAAUAUUUGACUUCAUUGCCCUCAGAUGGUUACAUCUUUCCAUUCAGCUGAGAACUAUGUGGGCAAUUUUAAGCAUUCCAGUGAUGGCGGCAGCUCCAGAAACUCAGUAGAACCAUAGUAACUUCACAUUGCUCCUGUCUGUCCCUGUGGGACAGGAGCUUUUCCCCCCCUUGGGGCUGGAGAGAGGAGUACUCUCCAGAGAAGCGAGAGUGCCCUGCUGUGUCUCGAGAUAUGAUUAUCACUUUCCCUAAGAGUGUUCACACACAGUGUCAAAAGAAUGUAAAAAAUGAGAAGUGUUAACUUUAGAGAUUCAUAAACUCCAGGCCAGACAUUUUUUUGAGACUGUGUCACAAGACACUUGACAUCAGGGGUUUUAAUUCAAGGCAAUUGUAUCAUACCCAAGGAUUCCAAGCCUUCGUGAAUGAAGGCAUCUGAUUAUGAGCAUCUAACAGGCUGACACUUCAGAAUGUGAUGCCAGUGCUUGAGAAGAGCAUCUUCAGAAAAGGAAGCUGACCUUGCCAUUUAGCUCUGUAGAUGCAGGGAUGCUGAUCUAUCUGUCCCCUUUGGUCCAGACAUAGCAGCAUUCUGCUGCUGCUGCUUGGAGCCUGUGACUGAAACUGGCUAGUCUGUUCAGAUUGCCAGCUCUGUAAGGAUAGCAGACUUCACAAACCAGCGUUCUCCAAUAUGUUGCCCUUCAGAGGUUUCAGCUUUCAUCAGCCUUUGUUAGCAUGGGCUGCCGAAAACUGGGAAGUUAGUUUUAGGGAAUAAAUGGAACACAUUUCUUACAGUGUCUUAACAUCUAAUCCUCAGAGAUAUUGCGGCAAAAGCUUCAAUCAGACGGAUUGGCCAUGAGCCAAUGUAGCACUUAACUGCCAAGAUUGUAAUAAUUUGAUUCAUAUUUGCAAUAGCCCUAUGAACAACUCAAUGCUGCAUCCUUUACCUGAGCCAGAAUCAGGAGUUCAGUUAGCCACCCACCUACCUAUUCCAACAUAUAGUAAGUAGCUGUAUUAUCUCUCUUCUAUGCAAGGCAGACGCUGAUCAGGAAAUUGUAUGCUUAGUUUUCAUAAGUCAGUCAUUGUGGAGUCUGACUCACGGGUUCCUGUGUGGUUGUGGAAUUCCUGCAGGGUGACUGUUGCCUUGAUCUCUUUUCUGGAUACCUGUUUGAAUGGCAGCUAUUUACAGAUUUUGCUAGAAAAUUGCUUUGAAGAUAUGCUGGAAGCCAAAAGCCAGGUGGGUGGGUGGAUAGCAGCAGGUUGCUCCAUUAAGGGCCUGCACAAGUUGUGAGCCCAUCGGGGGCUCUUGGCUGGGACAUCUUCAGUUUGGUCAAAAGUUGUGCAGGGCUGACUCAGCCAUAGACCAUUAAGGUCUUGGCAGAGAAUGUGGGAGAGUCAGCAGUGGCCGAACCAGGCAAGCGGCUUUUUCUUCCGCCAGUGUGCUGGAGGUUGAGAAAUCCAUUCUGGAUGGUAAGAUGGUGGUUACACUGGAAAUUCUGCUACCUUUUUGCAAUUGAUUUGAUUUCUCAGAGGACAAAGAGCAGCCAGACAUUCCCACUGUGUUGAUUCAUUAGAGAGAAAUAUUUGUCAGACUUGGAAUGAUUAGUUCCCCAUGCACAGUUGCCAGGUGAACUUGCUUUCUCAAGCACGCUCUCUGUGUGGCAUUAAUAUAGACCACUGUCCUUCCGAUAAGUAUGUUGAGCCAGAAUGUUGUACACUUAUUUCUCAAAAAUCAAUUUUUUUCUUUGUUCUCAUGGAUGAUGAUUGCCAUUUGAAAAGCUUUGUUCAUGAGAGUUAAGAAGUUUCCUACUUUCCCACUUCCUACACUUCUGGUGCCUUCUGCAUUAUUAUUAUUAUUAUUAUUGUUGUUGUUGUUGUUAAUUAUUAUUUUGUAUACCGCCCUGUACCUGCAUGGUACAGGUUUGUAAACUUUUUAUUCUUGCUGCCAUGUGGUCAGGUGGAAACAAAUAGUAUAAAGCUAGAAAGUGUUUCCUGCUUUGCGGUGAUGGCCCAUUUUUGUCCUGGGAUCCAACACUGGAGCUGGUAAUCAUACCAGACUCUCGAAGGAAGCUGGCAGCUGGGGCACCUAACUGGCCCAAGCCUUCAGAGCCACUAGAGAGAUAACUGACAUAGGUUGAAUCCCACCUGGGGAAUCUGGAUGGGAACGAUGAUGCGGCCAUUCCAGCAUUCCUUGGCAUAUAUGAGACCUUUUCUGGAUGGGGUGCCUGCUGGGGAAAUGGCUUCACUUUUUGUUGGAAAGUUAUUAACAAUGACUGUGGGGACAAGUGUACUAGUUCCACCCAUGAAAAGGGAAUCGUUCUACAUGUGCACUGCUUUCUCUCAUCCAUGUAUGAGUCUAACCUCCACCCACCCACCCACCCACCCACCCACCCCAUUCCCACUAGGCCUUCUAUCUUACUGGGAAGUCAACAUACCUUUCUGGUCUUUGGGCUUUUUGAGAGAAACGGCAGGCAAACAAGAGAGGAGAGUUGGCAAAACACCAUGGUGGCACCUCGUCUUUGAAAUGCCCUCCCUAGAGAGGCUUGCUUGGCAUCAACUCAUUUAUCUUUCCAGCACCAGGUGAAGACUUUUUAAUGUGCGCGUGCCUUUUUCUUAUUUUGAUAUUGCGUCCUCUUACUGGUUUGAGUUUUGUGGCUUGUGAUGGGGGUGAGCGGUGGUCCUACUUGCCUUAGCCAGCACCCCGUUGCACUCCUGCUGGCAGGGCAGAAAUAAGGGUGGAAGAGAGUUCUGGGGGUUCCUCUGGUUUUCUCCCAGGUUUGUUUUGUUUUUUAAAUAAAAUAACACUUCAUUUGGAAAGCAAUAAGAGGGAAUUAAAGGGGCUUGAGCUCUGUUCUUUUCUUGUCACCCCUCUUUCCUGCCCCAAAUACUCCUGCUGUAUGACACAGUCUGCAUCAGAGCACCCACAGUGGUGAGUCAGCGCUGGCUGUGCUAGCACAGAAGUUUGCAGUGAUGCGUAUAGAUCUGUGCAAACCAUCUACCUUGUCCCCAGCUCCCAGAGCAGAAAUAUUUGGUGGAUGUUUCAACCAGGCCCUUUUAAAACUCAUUUGUAAUACCUCUUUAAGGAUGUUUUAGUCAGGAUUUCCUGACAAAGGUAUUGAAAAUCAUUCAGCUUAGAAACAUGGUCAUUUACUAAGUUUUCAGCCUGUGUCUUCAAUUAAAGAAAACAUUGGAUUGAAAAUUAUAUUGCUCUUCUGUCUUGAGUAAAACUCAUAUUGAAAACUAGAUAUCAGAGGUUUGUGGCCUAGAGGAAUGGCUGACAUACUUUUGCAAGCAACAUUCCUCUGUUUUGGGUUGUGCUGGCAUUUGCCUCUUUCCUGGCUUAAAAACAAGGUGUUCCUCAUCUGCCAUUAGUUAGGUGCUCAUGAGUACCUGCAAAGAGGAGGGGGGAGCCUAAAGCUAGGCUUGCACCCUGCUGUCUGGAGCAAGGGGGGCAUGAGGACAGAGCAGUACAGCCCUCGUUUCCUUUGUCAGGAAGAGGAAGUGGCGAAACCCCAUCUCUAGGCAGAGCAAUAGCCCUUGUGUCUAGUAGCCAUUACAGUGGUACCUCAGGUUACAUACGCUUCAGGUCACAGACUCCGCUAACCUAGAAAUAGUGCUUCAGGUUAAGAACUUUGCUUCAGGAUGAGAACAGAAAUUGUGCUCUGGCAGCGCAGCAGCAGCAGGAGGCCCCAUUAGCUAAAGUGGUGCUUCAGGUUAAGAACAGUUUCAGGUUAAGUACGGACCUCCGGAACGAAUUAAGUAAUUAACCUGAGGUACCACUGUAUCCGUCUUGUCUAAGGAGAAUACCUUUAUCCUCCACAAUUUUGUCUAACCCUCUUUUAAAGACAUCUAAAUUCCUCCAACCUUUUCAGCAUGGUUCUUUUUAGGGGUGCUAGCCUCAGUUUGAUAGUUGGCCCACUGAUGUUGAUGGACAUGAGUAGCUAAGGUUCAGGUCUACUCUGAGUGGAGCUUGAUGGAAUACAACUCUUUGCUUUUGCUUUUGUGCCUUUCAGCAGAGAAAGUCGUACCUGGAGCGGAGUGUGA